UUUCAUAAGUCUUGCACAAGUGGUGACACCAGAAGCAAGCCAUAUAAGAUUUGAUGGCUUCUACAAAAAGCAGACUUGUCCAGCGUGCUUGAUAGCUUCUCAUCCAACAGAGGUUUCACCUCAUCAGUAGUGCAGAAAGAUGAGUGUGGAGUACCGAGCCUCAAACACAGCUGAUACGGACAUAACCAGAAGUGAAAUUGCCUACAAAAGUUUUUCCUCUGAUGGGAAAAAUUUUCUUCUUUCAGUUUAUUCCCUGAGAAGCAAGAGCUUUAAGCUUGCUACAAUUGGCCUUGGACUGCUCUGCGUUGUGCUGGCGGCAUGGCUAAUCGGUCAGAGUGUUCACAAUCAAAAGGUAAAAAAAGACCAUCUGGACACAUUAAAAUCCUUCAACGAAAACAAAGAGCAGCUUCAAGCAAACCUGAAGACGGUGCAAGUCGCAAAAAAAGAGCUAGAAUCCAAUUUGAAGCAGCAACAGGGAAAUAUCAAUUACAUGUCCAGACAAAUAGACAUACUGCUUUCCAAUAACAGAGAACUAACAAAUGAGAGAAAUGAUCUUAAGGCCAAGCAAAGAGAGGCAGAUGCCAACAAAAUUGCGUUAAACAAUGAGUUGGGACAGCUGAGGGGCAGUACAGCCCGGCUGCAGAAAGAAAAAGACGCACUGAGCGCUGCCCAAACCACUUUAAAUUCAAGAUAUAAUGCAAUUGCCAAACACUCCAAAGAACUACAGGCUAAUUAUGACGCUGUUACUAACGAAAGAAACAAUUUACAGAACAAAUUUAACAAUGUGAGCAGAUCUAGAGAUCAGCUCCAGGUAAGUUACAGUGACUUGAUCAAUAAGAUGGAAGAGCUACAUGACAAAUACAACUUCUCCUUGAGUGAGAAAGACAAGCUGUCGGGCGUCCACCUGAACCUCACGACCGAAAUCAAAGCACUGGAAGACAUAAACAAAAUGCUGAGAAAGGCAGAAAAUGACUUGCAGAGUUCAUACCAAUCGGUGCAAAGGGAGAAAAGCGAACUUCAGAGCAGCCUGAAGAACAUAACCGCUGAGCGAGACCUUCUGAGAGCAAAAGUUGAUAACCUGACUGCUGAGCAGGGGAGAAUCGACCAACUGAAUGCAACUCUUCAAGAGAAACAUUGCCCUCCUGAAUGGAGGAAGUUCCAGUAUAGCUGCUACUUUCCCUCUACCACCAAAAAAACCUGGACGCUAAGCAGAGAGGACUGCCUCAGCAAGGGAGCAGACCUGGCCAUCGUGACCACUAAAGAUGAAAUGAACUUCAUCAACAGCUUGUACAAUGACAAAGAGGUGUGGAUCGGUCUGAGUGACGGAGGAGUGGAAGGGCAAUGGAAAUGGGUUGAUGGAACACCACUGACUUCAGCGUUCUGGGCUCAAGGGCAGCCAAACAGCCAUCAAGGGAGGAACCAGGACUGUGUGGAGGUCUGGCACCGUAGCAAAGGGGUUGGCGACUGGAAUGAUGAGAAUUGUAAUAUCGAACAAUUCUGGAUCUGUGAGAAGUAACUCUCCUUUGCAGCUUUGCUCCCAAAAGACAUUCAAUCACUUUAUUACGUAUAUGAACGUACUGUGAUCAGACCAAAAUCAGCAAUUUUGAUCUACAUUCAAAAUGGUAUGUGUGAGGAAAAACUGAAAACGCUGUGAGCACAGCGUCCCCACAGUGAGACACGGUGGUGGCAUCAUCAUGCUGUGGAAAGGUUUUUCUACAGCAAUUAGAGUUUACAGAAUGUAAUUAUUCACAUUUUUGGUCUUCUUGAAAACAUUUUCCUUUCUUUUCAUCCAGUUUUUUCUGCAGUCUCACUUGGAUAUUUGGACUUGUGCUGGUAUUUCAUUUAUAAAAUGGAGCUUGCUGGUGAUCUGUUUUUUUCUUUUCUUCUUAUUGUUGAUUUGAUCAUUGUUCUGACUCCAUCUGAAAAAGAUUCAUAGAACACAUUUUUAUCCAUUUUUUUAAAGUGUGCUUGAAAGAUUUCAUGCUUUGAAUCAAAAUUUGAAUGAAAAUAUAUUCAAAAAGAUGUAAGCUAUUUUUUUUCUUGCUAGUAAUUCUGUGUGGGAGAGUGAAGUAACACUUAGAUUUCAGUCUUUGUUUCAAAUCAAAAGUAAAAAUAAAAGGCAUCAGUUUUUGUGAUAUUAGUUACAAUCACCAAGCACAUGUUGGUGGAGGAAAGCAUAAUUUACUGUUGAGAUUCACACAAAUACUUACAGAUAAUACUGAUUACUGAAUCGUUUUCAUUGUCCGUCUUGUCGGAAUAAAUUUCUACAUAUUUUAAUACCAAACGAAUUUAUGCUACUGAUAACUUGAUAGUGUGAAUAAAAAAAUAAUUUUGUUGAGAGUAUAUCUGUACUAUUAUGUGGUUGUAUAAUGUUUUACUCAACUUUUUCUCCUUGCUGAUGACAGUAAGCUCUAUUCUUGAUCCGAAGUCUCCUCCUUUCCAAUCAUUUCUUGCAUAUUUUCUCUUUUGAAAUGUGUGAUCCAGUCAUUGCAAACCUAAAUGUGUUUUAUUAAAUGACAACAAUGAACUCAGGGAAAUGAACUCGAUAUGGCAAGACCUAUAUGAAUAUGAAUAAACAAGGAAGUGAUUAAAUAAUAAACUAAAUCAGA